AUGAAAAAGCGUAGCUCGUUGAUUCGGCUUCUCAUAAGCGUGGCAGCUACCACAGUAUUUGCUUCUGACACCAGAAACGGGGGCCAAAACACUGACUACGUGAUUGUCGGGGGUGGUCCAGCGGGCUUGGUUCUUGCUGAACGACUGUCGCGCGAUGGCACAAGCAGCAUCGUACUCCUAGAAGCUGGCCCGAGGGACUUCAACGCUACCUUGCUCAAUACUCCUGCUCUCUUCCCUUUCAUCGCGGAUCCUUUAUGGAAUUUCACAGGACAGCCGGAUGAGAAUCUGGCCGGAAAUUCCGUACAGAUCCCUCAGGGCCGAGUCGCCGGGGGAGGUACGGCAGUCAACGGGAUGGCCUAUUGCCGUGGUGCGGCUUCAGUGUAUGACGAAUGGGCUUCGAUCUCUGGGAAUGAAGGUCUUGCUUGGAAUUCGCUUUUGCAAGACUUCCUCGAAGUCAGUCACUAUGCUGAGACUGCGAGUGUCAGUGGUGAUCAGAAGCAAAUAGUGAACCGAACAGUUUACGGUCGUGGAAAAGCAGGAGUUGAAGUCAGCCGCUCGAGUAUCAUGGUUGGCUACGAGGAGCUGUUCUCUCAGACAGCGCAAAGCGAGCUGGGCCUGCACGAGGUCGACAUGAAUGACGGAACCGGCAUCGGUGUCGACCGGGGCUUAUUAUCCAUCUACGCUCGAAACCACUCACGCUCCUAUUCCGGCAAUGUGUACAGACCGUCGAUCGAAGUCCGCCCAAAUGUGCAUAUCCUGUACAAUGCAUGGGUGUCACAUAUCGGCUUCGAUGGCAACAGAGCAGUCAACGUGACGUACCACCAACAGUCUGGGAAUAGAGAAGACAGCGCUGUUACUCUUAGAGGCAGCGAGAUAAUACUGAGUGCUGGCGCUAUCAACUCGCCAAAGUUACUCAUGCUUUCUGGUAUAGGACCUAGGGCAGAGUUGGAAAGACACAACAUCCCUGUUAUUGCUGAUCGACCCGAGAUCGGAUCCAAUCUGCAUGACCAUGCACUCUCCGUCAUGUUGUAUAAUGCCGCCCCAGAGUUGCUAACUGUAUGGCAAUGGACUGAAAAUUCCACCGAGACUGUCAUUGCGAAAGAGCAGUACGCGAGCAAUAGCUCUGGGCCUCUCGGCACUGGUAAUGGGUUUGUCUAUGCUACUUUUCGUGUCCCAGACUCCGCGUUCGCUGGACUAGACGCCAUCCACUAUACCACGCUGCCGACCGAUCGGCCCCACGUUUUGAUCCAAGUUACUUCGAUACCUCUCCUGGCCGGCGUCAACUCGAGCGCGGUCACGGCGUGGGCCUCUCUCGUCCAGCCGGAAGGGGUCGGUCGUGUUGGCCUGCAUUCGUCCGACUAUCGAGACAAUCCAGUGAUUGAAACCAACUUCUACGGCUCUGAUGCCGACAAGGCGGCUAUCCUCUGGGGUUACAAAAAGUUGCGCGAGGUCAUGGGUCACAGCGCACUUCAGACGAUUCUGCCAGGCGAGAUCUAUCCAGGCGCCAACGUGACGACGGACGAGGAUGUCUGGAAGGCCAUUCAAGCGCAGACAUUUUCGUAUCGCCACCCUAUAGGCACCGUUGCAUUGGGGACGGCGCUGGGGAGCGAUUGGCGCCUGCGAGGCCUCGAGGGCAUUCGCGUGGUCGACUCGAGCACAUUUCCAUUUCCCACGACUUGUCACCCGCAAUCCGCCGUAUACGCCCUAGCUAAUCGAGCAGCGAAGGAUAUAUUAAAGUCGGACAAGGGCUCACGUGGCACGAUGAGAUAUGUUUCCAACCUUUUCUCUUGGGCGGGUUAUAACUAG